UGUGCCUUGCUGCUGCUCUUCGCGAAUAAUCCAAGCUGGAGAAGAUGGGGCCACACCAUCUGACAUCCUGUCCCCAGGGCUUGGUGACCUUCCCUGAUGUGGCUGUGAGCUUCUCUCCAGAGGAAUGGCCAUGCCUGGAUGUCUCUCAGAGGAAGCUCUACAGAGAUGUGAUGCUGGAGACCUACGAGCACCUGCAGGCAGUAGCAGGGUAUUUUGAGGUAAAGCCUGUGCUAAUCUCCUGGUUGGAAGGAGGAGCCCUGGGAAGGCUGCCACGAAGCCUGUUUGCUGAACUCAAGCCAGAAAUCCAUCCUUGUCCCUUCUCCAAUCAGAACUUCCUCAGUCAUCACAUGAAACAAAGUCAUCCCUCUUGGAUCCUCUUGGAAACAUCUGCUAGAAAGCCCCCUCAAUCAGAGAAUUCCCGUCCACGAUGA